AGCAUUAUAAAGCUGUAGGAAUAUACAGGGCCUUAACAUUGAACAUGAUGAAAAUGGACUUGAUGCUGUUUCUAACACUGCUACUCUUAGUGCCUUUAAGUACAGGGUUAAAGGUGCUGUUGAUGCCAGUACCUGGAGUAUACAGUCACCUUGUAUACUUCACUGCAGUGGGAGAGGAGCUCCUUCAACAGGGACACAAGGUUGGGAUUAUGGUGACACCAGACUUACAAGGCAAACUCCCUACCAGUUUCAAGAAUGCAAAUGUUCAAAUUCAUCUUAUCAACACCAACAAAUCUGAAGAUGAAAUAUCAGGCCUGGUAUUAAAAAUGGCGAAUGACCAAUUUAAAAGAGCCAGUCUGUUUGAUGUGAUACCAUCCAUGAGGCGAAUUGUCGAUGUGAUUAAUGAUGCUGUAAUAGCUUUUCUAGAUGAUAAAAAGGCAAUGAACUCCCUGAGGGCGGGCCACUAUGAUAUAGCCAUUGUGGAUGGUUUUUUCAUGUCAGGGUCUCCAUUUAUUAUACCCUAUGCAUUGGAUAUUCCUUUCUGCUCUUUGAGCUCUAUGUACCAUGGAACCCUAAUGGGUAUUCCAGCACUACCUUCUUUUGUACCAAGUAAAGGUGCAUUAUACACAGACAAAAUGACAUUCUUACAACGUGUAUCAAGCUUUUUUGGGACAAUCAUUUUUGAUAGAAUUAUGUCAAAAGUGAUUUUGGGGGAAGCUGGUGGUGAUUCACUAGUGAGAAAAUAUGCCCCAAAUAAACCGGUGAUGAAUAUCUAUCCUGAAUUAAAGCAACAAUCGCUGAUAUGGUUGAUUCAACAAGACAGUUUGCUGGAAUUUCAAUGUCCGGUGAUGGAUAAUGUUAUCAUGGUUGGUGGUUUAUCGGUUUAUCCACCACAAGCUUUAUCCACAGAGUUGGAGGAGUUCAUUUCCAAAGCAACACAUGGUGUUAUCAUUGUGUCCUUUGGAUCACUUUUAACUACACUGGAUGCAACCAUAACUGAUAAACUAAUUACUGCUUUUAAAGGCUUAAAACAAAGCGUGAUAUGGAAAUUUACAGGGAAUAAAGAAGAUCUACCACCCCAUAUUAAGCUGUUGAAGUGGUUACCCCAGAAUGAUCUUUUAGCACGCCCCGAAGUGAAAUUAUUCAUCACCCAUUGUGGCAAUAACGGACAAUUUGAGGCUCUACACUAUGGAGUGCCCAUGCUAGGGUUGCCCACCACAGCUGACCAGCCCCAUAACGCAGUCAGGAUGCAACACAAAGGAUAUGGCAUAGCAAUGAACAUGCUCGACUUUACAGCUGAAGAUCUAUCACGUAACAUUAAUGAAAUCCUCACUAACAGCACAUACAAAGAAAAUAUCCAGAAAGCAUCAAUGAUUCUACGAUCAAAAGGAAGUCCUAGAAAAAGAGCAGUGGAGGCUAUUACCCAUGUGGCAAAGUUCGGUGGGGAUCACUUAAGACCUAGUUCUCUUGGGAUGCCUUUCUGGAAACUCUGGAUGCUUGAUAUCUAUGUUUUUCUUACUAUAGUUGUGAUUAUAUUAAUACUUUUGUUGAAGUUUCUGUUAAAAUGUGCAUUCAAAAUGGCUGGUAGAAUGUACCAAUCAAAAAUAAAAGUGGACUAAAUAUUUGAAGAAAUCGAUGAUGCAGAAGAAAUAUUUUAACAUAAAGAAACCUCUAUUGCACAAUAUGACACAUUUAAAACUAAUACAAAUUAAGAGAACAAAACUUUAUUGUAUAUAGGAGGGGUGACAUUCUAUGCUGCACAUACUGGGAGAAUUUCAUUAGAAUUCAGUAAAACCUGUCUGAGUGAA